GAAAAUAUUAUGCUUUUUGCAUAUAUCUCCAAAGAAUAAAAUGAAAAUAAGAAAGAAUUCAUCAGCGCCAUGUAUUUAUUCCAAGGAAAAUAAACAUUGAAAAACAACCACAGGACGACGAGACAAAACAGGGAGCGGGAGCUGUUUCAGAGAUCACCAUCACAACUACUACUACUACUUCCUUUAAGCUUGAAGGUUCAUGGAAUUACAUGAAAAUAAUGAAAGGGCACGUAACAACACUGGCUUUUCUUCAGAGGUCUAAAUUUUUUAUAACCCCUGCCAUACACAACUUUUGUAGAUUUUACAGCAAUACAAUAGAAAAGCAAACACAGAGAACUGAACAGUCUUCCAGAACUUUACCACACACUGAAGAUCAUGACACCUCAUCAAGCAGCAGUAGUUCAGAUGACUCAAGUUCUGAUUCUGACGGGCAUGAACAGGGUAGAGAAUCAACUUAUAUUGAAGAAGAAGUUAGUAAAUUCAGGGCUAUGGCAAACAUGUGGUGGGACCCUAAAGGUGAUGCCAAGCCACUUCAUGCACUGAAUAGAUUAAGGGUAUCUCUUAUACGUGAUGGUUUGAUACAUUCUAAAAGUGUUGACCCAGAACAAGUGGGUGGACCAAAACCACUAGCUGGAUUGAAAAUUUUAGAUGUGGGCUGCGGUGGAGGUAUUCUAUGUGAGCCUCUUGCGAGACUAGGUGCAAGUGUUGAUGGACUUGAUGCUGCCGAAGAAAACGUUGCAGUCGCAAGUUUGCAUGCUAACAGAGAUGCAAGAAUUCGAAAUAACAUUAACUACAUAUGUGGAACUGUAGAGGAGCAUACCAAGUCUCUGAAAGAUCACUAUGAUGCUGUUGUGGCGUCCGAAAUUUUGGAACACAUAGAAGCAACUGAUCUGUUUGUCAAAACCUGUUUCGAUGCCCUUAAACCUGGAGGAUCAUUCUUUGUUACAACAAUUAAUAAGACUACUGUUUCAUGGCUUGGUGGGAUUUUAAUCGCCGAAUAUGCUUUACGUCUCCUUCCUGUUGGGACCCAUGAUUGGAAUAGAUUUGUACCACGACAAGAACUUCUCUUCAUGCUUGAAAAGAAUGGUUUUGCAACCCGUCUUGUUCACGGAAUGGCUUAUAACCCUUUGGCCAGUGACUGGCUAUGGAUAAAAUCUUCUUCUAUCAACUAUGCUGUUCAUGCAGUAAAACCAGCUUAAAUAUUUUGUAAGUUUAAUGUGACACAAGCAAUGUAUUCUUUUGUAAAUAUAUUACUUAGUUAUGGUUGUCUAUCU